UCUUUCACGAGUUACGGUUACAGACAACUACAAGUCACUCACAGCUACUUGCAUGUCAUCGCGAUUUCGCGACACACGAACGCACGCAAAAUACGAGUUAGAACGUGUUACUUCUAGAUACGUCUUGUGUGGGAAUCUCUCGACCAAUAAGAAUCGCCUGAGUAAAGACUUUUAUUCGAGAUAUAACAGUGACUGUGUGUGCGUGCAGUGUGACGGAUCUUGGAACUGCGCGAUUUUAUUACUCGGGAAUCCCUGAGAGAGCAAGAAGCCUUUCAUUUGUUAGAGAAUAUUGUCAUUCAUUAACGUCACUGCAAUUAGGACAUUCGUCACUGCUGAUGAGUACUGAUUUUGGUAUCCGAAUUCGGUUAAACGAUGGAUAAACAACGUGGUAAUUCUAGAAAACACCGUGGAGGAAGCGCAGGUGGUGAUCCAGGGAGAAGAGAAAAUCAAGGAAAUGGAAGAGGACGUGGAAGAGGACGAGAUGGUGGAGGAGAUAAUCGCGUACAAGGACAAGAAAGAAAUGAUUCAAAGCCUGCUAAACCUCAGGAACAAAGUGGUCAGCCCUCGCAAGUUUUUCAGGGACAUUCACAACCACCAUCUCAAUCGCAAGCUAGUGGUCAACCAUUGCAAGGAGCAUGGGGACGUGGACCAUCACAAUCUCAACCACAGGCUAGAGGUCAACCCUCGCAAGUUUCUCAGAAACCUGCACAACCACCAUCUCAAUCGCAAGCUAGUGGUCAACCAUUGCAAGGAGCAUGGGGACGUGGACCAUCACAAUCUCAACCACAGGCUAGUGGUCAGCCCUCGCAAGUUUCUCAGAAACAUGCACAAUCACCAUCUCAAUCGCAAGCUAGUGGUCAACCUUUGCAAGGAGCAUGGGGACGUGGAACAUCACUAUCUCAACCACAGGCUACAAGUCAAACAUCGCAACCAGCAUGGGGACGUGGUCAAUCGCAACCACAACAGGCUAUUAUUGAGACUGCAAAAACACCUGAUCUUUCCUGCGUUCAGCUUGAACAACAAAUGGAAAAAACAAAUAUUUCUAAAUCUACAUCUUCGGGACGUCCAGGAAGAGAAAAGCCUAACAUGAAUUUAGAAGGUUUAAUGAUACCUCAUAGGAGGAACUUGAAUUGUGCUGGUUCAGCAGGUGACAAGUUUACUGUUAGAACUAAUAUGUAUGAAAUAAAAUUUGGUGAACGAUUUCCUACUAUCAUUUAUCAAUACGAUGUAGAGAUAAUACCUGAAAAAAAGAAAUAUCUCUACAGAGCUGCUUUUUUGGAAGCAAUUAAACAAAUGUAUGCGUCUGAAAAACCUCUUGUCGUUCCAUUUGACGGCAAAAAAAAUGCAUAUGCUUCUGAAAAAUUGAAACUUGAAAAUAAGGAAUAUGAAGUCACUGUACAUGAUGCAGAUAACCAGCCUACUUCAUACAAACUCAAAUUCAAGUUGACUAAUGAAAUAAAUGUGUCAUGGUUGAAACAAGUCCGUGUUGGCUGUGAAAUAACAGAUGAUAAACUUACUGGCAUACAGGCCUUGAAUAUAAUAAUGAACGACGCGCCAAUUCGAAGAGGAGUGCAAAAAGGUCGAGCUUUUUAUACUCAUGAUAAAAAAGCGAGCUAUCUUGGUGCUGGAUUAGAGUUAUGGCUGGGAUUGUUUCAGUCAGCGAUUAUAGGAUGGAAACCAUAUUUAAAUAUUGACAUUGCUCACAAAGGCUUUUUUAAGCAGCAAAAUCUAUUGGAUCUAGUUACGAUAAUAUGUCGCGAAUAUUAUAAUCGCAAUGACGAUCGUUAUCGUCCAAGUCGAGAUGAUAUAGAUCGUUGUACAGAUCUUGCAAUGGGAUUAAGACAUGUGCGUGUGACUUUGCAGAUAGGAGAUGCAAAGCGUUCGAAACAAUGUAUACAAACAAUAGCGAAAGAGACAGCUUAUGAAUAUUUUUUUGACCACGCAGGACAUCAAAUUUCCGUUUAUGACUAUUUUCUAAACUUUAAAAAUUAUAGAAUCAAGAAUCCUGAUCUUCCUCUUGUCAUGCUGGGAAAAACAUCAGCUGUACCUUUAGAGGUUUGUCAUAUUGAAUUUGGACAAACAACUGAUAGCACCAAAUUAUUAGAAAAAACUACUUCUAACAUGAUUAAAGCAGCUGCAACGGGUACAGUCCAUCGUAAGGCAAAGAUAGAAACCGCUAUGAAUAUAAUUUACAACAGUAAUGAUGACGCUAUGAAACAAUUUGGCAUACAAUUAGAUAAAGAAUUUGCGAAAGUUGAUGCUCGACUUCUCAAAGCCCCGAUUCUUUUGUAUGGAAAUAAUAGAAAAGCUUACCCGUCAAGAGGAGUGUGGAAGCCUGAAAAGUUUCGUGUUCCUGGUUCACUCCAGGCUGCCAAAACAAAACACUGGUCCAUUAUAAAUGCCGAUAAAUGGGUAAAAUCAAACGAUUUGUUUGAUCUAGCUAAAGCAAUCAAAACAGAAGCUGGAAACCGAGGGAUAACUCUGAGUGAUCCUUUGCAGCCAUUCCCCCAAGUUGAAAAAAUGCCCGAUCUCCAGAAGUGGCUUAUACAAUUAAAACGUCAUGACUGUAAAUUUGUUAUUAUCAUACUUCCAGACAAGGGUCAGAUAACAUAUGCUCAUACAAAAACAUCUGCGGAAAUUGAUAUAGGAAUGUUGACUCAGUGCCUUAGAAGUAACACACUAAGAAAUAAAAUAAUCUCAAGAAGAGACGCUGCAACGAUGACCAAUCUUUUACAGAAAAUUAAUGCCAAAAUAAAUGGUACAAAUCACACGAUAAGCAAAACAAGAGCUUUAGAAGGAGGAGUAUGCAUGCUUGUGGGAGCUGAUGUUACUCAUCCAAGUCCACAGAAUCCUAAUCAACCUUCUAUAGCAGCUGUUGUAUCGAGUCAAGAUCAUGUGAAUCAUUUUGUAUACAACACUGAGAUCAGAUUACAGGAUGGAAAUCAAGAACUGAUUUCUGAUUUAAAUGCAAUUAUGCAAAAGCAAUUGUUGGCAUUUAGAAAGAAUAGCGGCCGCUGGCCGGAAAAAAUUUUUUUCUUCAGGGAUGGUGUUAGUGAAGGAUUUUUCCGCGAAGUAAUACAAAAAGAAAUUCCUUGUAUUGAACAAGCUUGCAAGCAUUUGCAAAAGAUGACAAAUAACUUAGAUAAUGCAAAAAAACUAUGUUCUCCUAAACUUACUUUUAUCGUCGUUCAAAAGAGACAUCAUACUAGAUUUUUCCCUUCAAAACCUGAGGAAUCCGAUGAUGCGUCUAGGAACUGCAAUGUAAGAGCGGGAACUGUUGUUGACACUAUGAUAACUCACCCGUCUCAUGUUGAUUUUUAUUUAUUAUCUCAUGCCAGUAUUCAGGGCACAUCAAGACCAACCAAAUACAGAUUGUUACGUGAUGACAAUAAUAUGUCUGAAGAUGAUUUAGAAGAACUUACUUAUCAUUUGUGUCACAUGUUUACUCGCUGCACUAGAUCUGUGAGCUAUCCAGCUCCAACUUAUUAUGCACAUUUAGCAGCUUUCCGUGCGAAACAUUUUCAUGAUGCUCAAUCUAAUAAACUGAAUGGUAAACAAAUAAAUGAUUGGAGUAAAGUACAAGCAUUGGUAACGCUUCAUCCAGAAAUACAGAGUACUCCUAUGUUUUUUGUUUAAAUUUUCACAUAUUAAAACUUAAUCAUAAUAUUUUAAUAUAAUUAUUUUGGCUCUAUACUUAUAUACCUGUUUUUUCAAUAAACUUGUAAAAUGGUGUCGCAAAGA